AGCAACAUAUCUACUUGAAUUCUAUUCUAGAACACACAAAAUGACCAUGCUGAAAGCACCACUUAACACCAGCAAACCCUCACCACUGAGAUGGUUCAACCGACUUUACGCACUCGUGCACCUGAUCGCGAUUUUCGCACUCGUUUAUCGCCAUUGUUGUAACCUUAUCACCUCUCCUUCUUUCACCACCAUCUUGCUACUUGUAGCUGAUCUUGUGUUAGCUUUCUUAUGGACCACAUGGCAAACUUUCUUCAUGAACCCGGUUCACCAUCAGGUUUUCCCACAAAACCUGCCUCGGGAGAGCGAGUACCCGGGGCUAGAUGUGUUUGUUUGCACUGCGGAUCCGUUCAAGGAGCCGCCAAUUGGGGUGGUUAACACGGUGUUGUCUGUGUUGGCUUAUGACUACCCACCAGAAAAACUGUCAGUAUAUUUGUCGGAUGAUGGUGGGUCCCAGUUGACGCUUUUUGCGUUCAUGGAGGCUGCUAAGUUUGCUAGACAUUGGCUGCCAUAUUGCAGGAAGUAUGAUAUAAUGGAUCGGUCUCCUGAAGUUUAUUUCGGAAAUGAUCCAUCUUUGUUACCAGAAACAAGUGAUAUCCAGUCAAAGUACGAAGACAUGAAAACAACAAUUCAAUAUGUAAUGGACCAAGGAAGCAUUAAUAUUGACCAAAUAAAGGAUGCCCGUACGAUCAAAGCUUUAAGAAAAUGGACCGCUGGGUUUACACGUCAACAACAUCCUACGGUCAUAGAGGUUCUACUUAAAGGUGAUGAAGAUAAAGAUGUUACCGGUCACUGUAUGCCCAAUCUCAUCUAUUUAGCACGAGAAAAGAAUAAAGCCAUCCCGCACAAUUUUAAAGCGGGUGCCCUUAAUGCUUUGAUUCGAGCAUCAACAAUCAUGACCAAUGCACCUAUAUUCCUUACCUUGGAUUGUGACAUGUUUUCCAAUGAUCCAAAAACACCAAGCCGUGCGUUAUGUCAUUUCAUGGACUCUAAUAGUGAUCCAAAGCUUGCAUUCGUUCAAUUUCCUCAACGCUUUCACAACCUCAAUCAAAACGACAUUUAUGCUGGUCAACAUGUGGCCGAGAUACGAAAUUGCACUUUAGGGAUGGAUGGUUUGAGUGGCGUAUUUUUCAUGGGCACCGGUGGCUUCUUUAGAAGACGAGCUCUCAUCGAGUACCCUAUGAAACCAUACGGGCUAUGGAAUGAGCAAGAUAAAGAUGGAGAUACUAUGGCAUUAGCGCACCGUGUCACAAGUUGUAGUUACGAGGACAAUACUAAAUGGGGUUCAGAGAUUGGAUUUCGGUAUGGUGUUUUGGUUGAGGAUAUCUACACGGGUUAUCAUUUGCAAUGCUUAGGUUGGAGUUCGGUCGCCUGUACUCCAACUAGAGCUGCAUUUCUAGGCAAAGUGGCAACAACCCUUAACGACGCACUAAGUCAAUCGAAUAGAUGGUACAUGGGCAUGUUACAAGUAGGAUUUUCCAAGUUUAGUCCGAUGACAUAUGGAAUUAGGUUUUUAAACCCUCUCCAAGCUAUGUGUUAUUCGCACUUUUACUUUCGUGCUUUAUGGUCUUUUCCGGUCAUCAUCUACGCCUUUUUGCCCCAGCUAGCGCUCAUAAAUUCUUUACCAAUAUUUCCAAAGGUUUCCGACCCUUGGUUUUCUCUAUACGCAUUUCUUUUCCUUGGAUCACACGCGAAAGAUUUUCUUGAUCACGUGUUGGCAGGUUCAGUGUUCAAAAAAUGGUGGAAUUCCAGAAGAAUGUGGUUGAUAUUGGGGUGCUCGAGUUACGCAUUUUCUAUAUUAGAUUGGUUUCUCACAUCCAUUGGCAUGUCAACAUGUGAAUUUAACGUGACGAGCAAGGUAUCGGACAAUGAGCUAACCAAGCGUUAUGAGAAAGGAAUUUUUGAAUUUGGAGUAGAAUCACCAUUGUUAUUAAUGGUUAGUACAACAACCGUGGUCAAUUUAUUCGCCUUUCUUGUCGGAAUUAAGAGAGUGUUGACAAAUGGUGAGAAGUUUGAAGAUAUGUUUGUGCAGUUGUUCAUAGCAGGGCUUGGUGUCAUAUAUAGUUGGCCGGUAUAUGAGGGCAUGGUUUUAAGGAGUGAUAAAGGAAAGAUGCCUUCAAAGACUACCUUAAAAUCUAUAUGUCUUGCUUUGGUUAUUUGCUUUGGGUUCUCCUCAUCAUUUUAGCAAACAAUUUAUGCGCUUAUUUAUUGUACCCAAUUUAAUUAGUAAUAAAAAGCCAUAAGCAACAUGUUGGUAAAAUGAUGUAUAACUAUGUGAUAAUUGCAUAGUGUCAAGGAAUUAAGGGGUGUGUGAAUUUGGAAUGGCAUUGCCAAUGUUGUUUUA